CGCCCGCCAUGGCUCAGCGGGACGGUCAAGGUGUGCAGGGCUACCGACAUGGUGCUCCAAGUCCUCGUCCAGGUCGGUCCUCGUCGCGACAGCCGCAUGCCGACAGCGACGCCCUCAUGCACGCCUUCACCACCCUCUCACGCACCGUCGACCCAACCCGCAUCCCUCACGACCGCCCCCUCACCCCGACCCUCCCCACUCGACUCGCUCGAGGCGGUGCAACCCCCGUCGUCUUCCUCUCGCCCUCGGCACGCUCGUCUAGCUCCGGCCUCACCUACCAGGACGUCGCACCCACCCCUGGGCCCGCCAGCCAGCUCAACCCGUUCGCCCUCGAGGGCCAGGCCAAGCGCGCAGCCGACCAAGCCCUCCUCCUCGCCGCUCGACAACGCCAGCCCGCACCAGGCGCACCCGCAUCCGCACCUUUCGGCCUCCCUCCCUCCGCCUUCUCGCACCAGUACCUCGGCGCUCCCGCCGCGCCAGGUCCCUUGUCGUCCACCUUCCUCCCGCCCUCACGGCACCCCUCGCUCGUCUCGCUCGCCGACACCGGCGACGGCGUCGCGCCCCGCUCGACCCACCGUCGCCGGCGCCAGCUGCUCGACGCGCUACUCUCCGACCGAGGGCGCGGCUCGUCGGCGAGCAGCGCGGCCGGCCACGACGGCGACGGCGACGCCGGCAAGGAGAACGUCGAGCCCGUGCGGCGCGCGUCGUACCUCGCCGCACCUGCGGCGGCAGCACACCUCGAGCCGGCGACGCCCAAGCGGCAGCGCAUCCGCGUCGCCGAGUGGCGCGACCAGGUGCAUCGUGCGGCGAGCGUCGAGGAGGGCACGAGUGCGGGCGAGGGCGCGAGCCGGGUUGACGAGUCGGCGGCGCGUCAAGGUGCGGUCACGGUCGGCGCUGCGGCGGGGAGACCGGCGGGCAAAGCGCAGGAGAGUCGUGCGGCGCAGGCGCAGCCGAGGCGCACGGCGGGCGAGCGUCAGCAGGGGAAGGAGGGCAACGUGGCGGAGGGGGAGGAGGACGGCGAGCGCGCCCGGCAACCCAAGAAGACGCGCCAGCGACGCCGGCCCAACGCCUCGACCGACCAACGAGCGCGCUCGCCGCCGAGCUCAACCGGCGGCGGCGCCGGUCGCGGCGUGAGCGGGCCCAAGCGCCGCUCGGGCCGCACGCAGCGCGCGAGCGAGCCUGCGCCGGCCGCCGCGGACGAGACGGGCGUGUCGACGCUCGACCUCGUCGCCAUGCUGCCGAGGAGGGCCAAGCGGUUCGGGCGCCGGGGAGGGCUGUCGUCGCAGGACGAGGGGGACGAGGACGAGGACGAGGACGAGGACGUGGCGACCGACUACGACGACCUCGACGCGACCUCGAAGCGCAAGGCCAAGCAGCGCAAGCCGGCGACGCGUUCGCGCAAGACGGUCGCCAAGGCGCCGGCGGGCAAGACGAGGCGUCGCGUCGACGCGAGUGGCGGCAGCGACGACUCGGCCGCUCAUCGCGAGAAGGAGGCGAAGCGCCGCAAGUGGGCCGACAUCGACGCGUACGAGCUCGAGAUCGUGCCGACGCUGUGAGCACACAGCAGCGUCGCAGAACAGCGGAGUUCCGCGCUCGAGAUGUCGAUCAUGAGGGGACGGCGCUCGAGCAGAAGCAGGGAGGAGGAAGGAGGGGGGAGAGUCCGCUUGUCGUUGUCUUUCUUUCUCUCUGUGCCAUACUCGCAACUCGCAUCGCUCUGCCUGUC